AUGUGUGACGAGAAGAAGGAGAAGAAGAAGAAAGAGACUGGUUUGGGGCUGUCUGUAAAAAAGGAUGAAAAUUUCGGAGAGUGGUACUCACAGGUAGUUGUCAAUGGCGAGUUGAUUAACUACGACGGCAAAAUCGCUGGCUGUUAUGUUUUGCGUCCAUCUGCAGUUAGUGUAUGGCGAACCAUGAAAGAUUUCUUCGAGGCCGAGAUCGAGAAGAUGGAAGUCGAAGAGUACAAGUUCCCUAUGUUUAUAUCAGACAGCAACCUGCAAAAGGAGAAGGACCACCUCCAGGACUUUGCGCCCGAGGAAGGCCAUACUGCUUUUGCAACCAAGGAGGAAGCAGAUGCAGAGGUCCUUCAGAUAUUGGAGCUGUACAGAAGGAUUUAUGAAGAGUUUCUGGCAGUCCCCGUAGUAAAGGGACAGAAAACUGAGAAGGAGACGUUUCCUGGUGCGGAUUACACAACCAGCAUCGAGGCGUUCAUCCCUGAAGCUGGACGUGGCAUCCAAGGCGCGACGUCCCAUUCAUUAGGGCACAACUUUGCCAAACCUGAAAUGUUCGACAUCAAGUUUCAAGAUGCAAAGGGAGAGACGAAAAUGGUGUGGCAGAACUCGUGGGGUUACAGUAUAAGGACGAUCGGAGUGAUGGUAAUGGUUCAUGGAGACGACAAAGGAUUGGUCAUCCCGCCUAGGGUGGCAAAGUACAAAGCUGUAGUGGUUCCUGUGCCUUCCAAGGAUGCAGCCGAUGUUCGAGGGAUAUUUGAUGCUUGUGCUGCAACUGCCAAGGCUUUGGAAAAUGCUGGUGUUAAGCGUGUUAAGAUUGACCUCAAAGAUAACUAUUCACCUGGGUGGAAGUACUCUCGCUAUGAAUUAUUGGGUGUUCCUCUUAGGAUCGAGAUCGGACGAAACGAACUCGCUAAACAACAGGUUUGUUGUGUUCGUCGUGACAACAAUUCAAAGUCAUAUGUAAAGAGAGACGAGGGUUUGGCGGAGGAAGUGAAGAAAUUGCUGGAUGACAUUCAGCAAAGCAUGUUUGAUGCUGCUAAGAAGAAGAGAGACGCUUGUGUUCAGGUUGUGAAGACGUGGGAUGAAUUCAAAGCUGCACUAGCCCAGAAGAAGAUGAUCUUAGCUCCUUGGUGCGACGAGGAGGAAGUGGAGAAAGAGAUAAAAGAGCGAAUAAAGGAUGAAGAGGGAGGAACUGUCAAGAGCCUUUGCACUCCAUUUGAGCAGCCAGAACUCCAUGAAGGGACUCUAUGCUUUGCCACAGGGAAGCCAGCGAAGAAGUGGACCUACUGGGGCAGGAGUUUCUAG